AAGUGAUUUAAGUUUAUUCUCGAUAUGAUCGAUAAAAUAAUAUCAACAAUUCAUGUCUUUUGUGUUUCAAUCUUUCCUGUCGAUUUAAAAAUAAAAUAUACAUCUCUAUGUAAUCCGUGAUGCCGUUAUUUUGCCUUUUAUUAUCCGAACUGAGGAUCACGAACGGGAGAUCGAUUUCCACGUGUCAGCGUACUUUCGCGCGCUCGUUCGGAUUUUGCGUCCGGUGUGAACUCGUGUCCGCGUCGUGUUCUAGCAAACGCCUGCGCGAAUAUCCUUCGGGAACUCCGUGUUUUCUGGUAGGGGUAGCGCGGGAUUCAGGGGCGAAAUUGCACGGUGGUUGAAAACCGCCAUCGUGGACCAGUCGUACGUAGACAAUCACGCGAUCACGAGCCGGCCCUCAAUUCCAUGUCGCCGCCUCCUGUCCCGCUCCUGCGAUACGGACUCCUUCUGAUCAUUGCCUUCGGGAAUGGUAUUUGCGAUGAGCAUGAAUACAGACUGACAAAGCAUUUGUUAGACGGAUAUGACGCCGGAGUGAGGCCAGCUAAAAAUUCGUCCCAACCUCUGCUCGUGGUUUUUGGACUGUCUCUUCAUCAUAUUAUUGAUGUCGAUGAAAAGAACCAGAUACUUACGACCAACUGUUGGGUUACGCAGGUUUGGACCGAUCAUCACUUGAAAUGGAAUGUCUCGGAAUUCGCUGGAAUUCGAGUAAUCCGAGUUCCCUACAAUCGUGUCUGGCGACCUGACACGAUUUUGUACAACAAUGCGGACCCACAAUAUAGUUCAGCGGUCAUCAAUACAAACGUGAUCGUCAGUCACACGGGCGAGGUGGUCUGGCUGAGCCAUGGUAUCUUUCGCAGCAGCUGCGAUAUAAAUGUGGAAUUCUUUCCCUUUGACGAGCAACGAUGUGCCCUCAAAUGGGCCUCCUGGACGUAUGACGGGUACCAACUCGAGCUGGAGCGACAGAGCGAGCAGGGGGACGUAAGCAAUUAUCAGGCGAACGGCGAGUUCCAUCUUCUAGACUUCACCGCCCGGAGAAAUGUCGAGUACUACUCCUGCUGCGAGGAGCCGUACCCGGACAUCACUUACGAGAUACGUCUGCGACGACGUCCCAUGUUCUACGUCUUCAACCUGAUCUUGCCCUGCAUACUAAUCAACGGCGUCGCCUUGCUGGUGUUCUACGUGCCCUCCGAGUCAGGGGAAAAAGUCACCCUCGGCAUCUCGGCCCUUCUUUCCAUGACGGUAUUUCUGAUGACCAUUCGUGAAACUUUGCCGCCCACGGAGAAGACGCCGCUGAUAAGUCUUUACUAUGGCGUCAGCAUUUGCUUGGUGUCGUUUGCAUCUGGUUUGGCGGUCGUGACAUUGAAUUUACAUCACCGUGGUGUGCGGGGCAUACGCGUACCGAGGAUCGUGAGGUCGCUGGUCUUAGACAAAUUAGCCAGGAUAGUAUUUCUGAAUUUCCAAGAGGAGAAUAGAUCGGUAAAACGGAUGCACCAGGAGCCGGCGGAACAAUUCCCGAGAAGAAAGAACAAUUGUCCGUUGCACUGCAAGCCCGAACCGGAGCAGCACGUAUCCCCGAAAUAUGUAUCGAGAAAAGACGAUAGUCCCAGCUCUAGUCCCAGUCUAGAUCUCGGAAAAGAAGGCGGCCUUGAGGCGCAUUGGUCCCGGGUCCUGGGAAGAGUGCACGCGACCAUCGAGAGGAAUGAACGGCGCCUGGUUGAGCAGGACCGUCGAGAAAGGACAGAGUUAGACUGGAAACAGGUCGCUCUGGUCAGUGAUCGUGCCCUGUUGUGCGUUUUUUUUCUUACGACCGUCAUCAGCACAGCGGUGAUUUUAUGUGGCUCGCCUCCAACCCCGGAUGUGCCCAAAGAUGGGUAAUCCUUAACUACCGAUUCGACUAAUCGUUCAAUAGUUGACGAACAAUAUUUUCCGAAUAUCAUCGAUGAUUUUUAAUUCAGAUAAUUUUAUCUCACAGAUUAAAGAAAAAUAAUUUUACAAACACGUUGAUACAAAAAACAAACGAAUACUUUCCGUUCGUUUUAUUAUAUAAUAAAAUAUGUGUUCGCGUAAAAAAGAUUUUGAGAAAUUAAUGGAAAUUUCUUUUUCUAUUUGCUGGAAAAGAAAGAUUAUUUUGAGACUAAUCUAGUUUCAUUUUAUUCGCAUAUUUCUUGCACAGUAUUGAAAUUUAGAAAAAACGAAGUAUCUGUCUUUCGACCAAAGAUGAAUUUAAAGAAUGUAAAACUGCUAUAUAUUAGUUCUGAUAACAAAUUAAUUUUUUCUUUCAAAAUAAAAAUUGGUAUCUUUUUUGAGAAUUACAUAUGCAUUUCGAAAUUACAAUAUAAAUUCGCUUCUGCUUUCUCAACGUUUUCUUUUGAAUAAAGAAUUAAGAAUAAUUUCAAAAUAGGUAAAACUGUAAAUAUAUCCAUCAAAUUUGUCACGUAAAUUUAGCGACACAGUAAAUCUUUAACAGCUCAUUAAUAAAUAAGAUGUACUUAUCGAUAUAAAAAUGGACUUAGAAAUUAGUAUUCUAUAUAAUGAGAAUUCGUUAUCUGUAAAACAAUGAAUGUAUUGUCAAUACUGAAAUGUGCUUAAACAGGGUUAAAAGUAUAAUUUAAGACAUGACGGCAAUAAAUAAUGAAAUA